AUGGAGCUGAGAUUUUUCGUGGGGAGGGUCACAGUGUCAGAGAAAAAGCAGCUUGUAGGCUUGGGUCUCUUGGAGGAGGAUGAGGAGUUCAAGGAGCUCCCUGCGGAAGAGUGGGCUGGUUUAGGUGAAGACGAAGAUCCAGAUGCACAUGUCUCGGAGGAUAAUUGGGAUGAUGACAGUGUAGAGGAUGACUUCUCCAAUCAGUUACAACCUGAACUAGACAAACAUGGUUAUAAGAUGGAGACCUUGUAG